UGUGCGUAAGGGGACGUAGCCGAGUGGAGUGUUGUCGAGUGUUGCUGGAAAAUGACUGAACCACAUUUGUGACUGUAGCUUUGCUUUUUCCUCGGGAUUUAACCAGUGUCAGUUAUGCGAGCAGUCAAAUAAAUAAAUCACUGAAGAUGUGAAAUAUCCUUGCGUAUCGACAGGCUGCCCGUUUUUUGGUGUUUUAGUUGACACGAAUUGGGGCUAACGCGGCUAACUGCACUGCCUCCGCGUCCAGCUGCAUUUGGCGUCUGUCCCAUUAAGUUCAGGUGAAAAGUGGCCGCCAGGUGAAGUGACAGUGCGGAACACUUUAGCCACGUCACCCAGCUUUAUCUUGGACCGCCGCUGAUCGCACCGACUGAACAGAGGCUCUUUUGUGGGACCAUGGCUCCGAUGGGUAUACGCCUGUCGCCCCUUGGUGUGGCCGUCUUUUGCCUGCUCGGAGUCGGUGUCCUGUACCACCUGUACUCCGGGGUCAUCUCCAAUCGUCUGGCUGCGUUCAGGCAACGGAGAAAUGUUGAAUUGAGAGAUCUGCUGGCUCUGUCCGUAGAGGCUGCUGUUCUGGGUGGCAAAGAGGUAAAGCGGGUACGGGAGGAAAAUGGUCUGCAGGAGAAGUCCAAAGGCAAGACCAAAGAAGGGGCCAAUGACCCUCUAACAAUGGGAGACCUCGAGUCCCACAGGAAAAUGUACAAUAUCAUAAGAAACACAUUUCCUGAAGUCACAGUGAACAGUGAGGAGCAUGAUAAUGUUGUGGAGUCCCUGUCAUGGAGCCGGACUAUUCCCAGUGAAAUGGCUGAAAAAAUAAAAGAUCAGAAUGAAGUCCCGGCCGAAAGUGUGACAGUGUGGAUCGACCCUCUAGACGCUACACAGGAGUACACUGAGAGUCUCCUGAAGUAUGUCACCACAAUGGUGUGUGUCGCUGUUGAUGGAAAACCAGUAAUUGGUGUCAUACACCAGCCUUUUAAUGACUUUACAGCCUGGGCUUUGGUGGGACAUGACGCAAAUGUCCAUGCCCGAUCAUCCUACAGCAUUACGCCUCCAAAAGUCAUCAUUUCACGGUCUCACUCCGGACAUGUGAACAGUUUCGUCCAUGAAGCCUUUGGGAACAGCACCACAGUCGUACAAGCUGGUGGGGCAGGAUAUAAGGUGCUCUCUCUGUUGGACCUCCAUGCUGGAGACUCUAUGGACCAGGCUGAUCUUUAUAUUCACAUCACAUUCAUAAAGAAGUGGGACAUCUGUGCAGGGGAUGCACUGCUCAGAGCCCUGGGAGGUCACAUGACUACUCUGAAAGGGGAAGAGAUCGACUAUAGAGACACUCCUCUGAACAAGGGAGGGCUGGUGGCCAGUGUGGGAGUGGACCACAAGGCAGUGCUGGAGAAACUACCGGCCUGGGACCCAGAGAAGCACUGACACAUGCACUGAGCUACUGAAGAAAUCUGAAGCAAAAUAAUUAAACAAUGUGUGGGUCUAAAUGGACAAAACUUUGAAGGCAAGACCCACUGGUACAAUGGUACAGUUUUCCCUCAUUCAAAAACAAUGAUGAAAACAUUUGCAAGAGAGCAGCAAAUCUUCCAUUACACUUCAUCAAAAAAGAAGAGGCAUUUGAGGAGCACAAAAUGGACCUUAUUAUGGAUUAUGGAUUUUCUGGAGAUGUUUUCUCAAUAUUUCAUUUUGACAGGUACAGAACUUUGUAUGAAGUAUUUAAAACGGUUGUUACAGAUGCACUUCUGGCAUUCAUUACACUGUAGUCACUUCAGCUGAUGGCAGAUAGAAACAGCUAUACUAAAAGACACACUAUUGGACUGUGUGACUGUCCUUAAGCACAGUAAGUGGCAAAAAACAACAACAUACUUCUUGAGUCUUCAUGUCCUUGUGAAUAAAAUAAAAAAUGUUUACAUGUAUUUUAUAAUCCUUAAUGGUGAUAUCAAGGUAGUGAAAUACAGCCCUGAAUAUUUAAAAAAGAAACUCUUGUUGGGUAGUUUUAGCAUGUUGAUUUUAUAAUUACUUGACAGCUAUCUGUUAAGAUAAAGUUAUGUCUCAAGAACAAAUGGGACUUACUAGAGUGUCAUAUGCUGUAUUAUGCCAAGCAGUAAUAUGUUUUGAAGAAGCCAUUUUGUUAAAGGACCUACAAGCGUUCAUCUUUAAGAACACAAAAUUUAAGUUAAUCAUUUGUUUAUUAAAAUGUCUUCAUCUACUCUAGUUCAUUCUCUCACUAUUGAAAAGGUUUAAAAAGUUCUGAAUAACAAUAACAAAGGAGCCCUAUAAAAUAAGCUAUGUUUUUUUUUCUGCUGUGAAAAAAAACACCAGCAACUGAAUAAAAAGAUCUGCACAAAUUUUAGAAAGAUAAAUAAGAAGAUGUUUGUAAAAAGAAGGAAAUUGAGGCUAAUGUUUUUUGGUCUGUGGAUGCAAGCAUAUAAUGGUAUAUAACAUUUAACCUUGUUCUAACUGGAAAACAUUACAAACAUACAAAAACAAGUAACAGCUGCUCACGUGAGUUGAGUACAUGGGUGAAACUGUCUUAACAGAAACCGAGUAAACUAUGGACACUGGGCAGGAUGCAUUUGAGAUGAAUGCCAAUGAGUUGUAAGUUUACAUAGUGAAUCAUCACAAUUUAGGUAACAUGCAGAAAAACAAUGCCUUGGGGAGUCUGACAGUUUUUGUACAAAAUGUUGAACCUUUUAAUUAUUUUGGAAAGUUGUGUUAAACACACUUGACUGUUUUGUCAAUGGUCAUAUGUAAGUUUGAUGUUAUUUAUCACCAUUGGCAACAAGAAGAUGUUUUCAGUGAGGAUGGUCCAGUGGACUUUUGCGGUUGGUUUGAAUUACUGCCUGAUCCUUGUACAACUGCUGUCUCUCACUCUGCCUCUGCUGUGAAUUUAUAAUAAAAUGUCUUUGUGCAUGCGAA